AUGAUGUCUUCUCUCUGGUCUCUACUGGUUGUUACUGCCCUCACAGCAGCUGCACCAGCCCGUCCGGUGCCUCGAGAUCAACCACUCAUCAUAUCCACCAGCUCAACCGAAUGGGGCGAUGUAGCCGGAUUCCUCAGCGCCGACGACACGAACAAGCUCCUCGUAGUCUCUUUCCGAGGCAGCCGUAGCUUGAGCACCUGGAUAGCCAAUCUUGACUAUGGCUUGACCGACGUCAGUGACCUAUGUGACGGCUGCGAGGCACACGGCGGAUUCUGGAAAUCCUGGAACGCCGUUGCAGACGACCUCACCGCGCAGAUUGACGCCGCGAAGAAAACCUAUAGUGGAUACACGUUAGUAUUGACUGGCCACAGCUUCGGAGCAGCCGUCGCAGCACUGGGAGGAACUGCUUUGCGUAACGCCGGAUAUGAUCUGGACAUCUAUAAUUUUGGCCAGCCUCGGGUGGGCAAUGAAGCUCUGGCAGCGUAUAUGACCAAUCAAGGCAGUCUAUGGCGAGUGACGCAUACGAAUGAUAUCGUACCUCGACUUCCUCCUACAUCCUUUGGGUUUAGCCAUGCUAGUCCCGAGUACUGGAUCACCAGUGGGAAUGAUGUGACGGUGACCACGUCGGAUGUGGAAGAGAUCAGUGGGAUUGAUUCGAAUGCAGGCAAUGCUGGGCAAGCCAUUACGGACGUUGAGCCGCAUAAUUGGUAUAUUGUGAAUAUUGAUGGAUGCCAAUAA